UAAGAGCGAGAGUCGAUAAAUUCAAGCAACUCGGUUAAAGCAAUAAUCACGAAAAUGAACGUUUUACUCCAGAAACAUGAAGCUAAACAUAUAUACAAGGUCCCGGAAGGAUUGCGCGAACUAUGCACCGACAUCGCACGCGAGGUUCUACGUUCGCAGCCGAGGAAUAUCUAUUGCUUCAUUGCUGAUUACGUGGAAGCGCUUCUAAUUACACGGGAAAAUGCAAAAGUUGCGGUGAAAGUCGUAAACAAUAUUUUACUGGGAAGCCAAGCCAUCGUGAGCAUACUUUAUCGCAGCGGCUUGAGUUUAGAGCAGAUCGCUCGCGCUGCGCCCAGAAUUCAGAGGGCAUUCCGCGCGUACUUGGACGCGGUAGACAUGCAAGCGUACCAGGUGUGCGACGAUGAUACUUGCGACGAAAAGUCCAGGGUAUCUCUGCAGAGUAUUUUGGAAGCGACGGGAACACCGGCGGAACAGGCGGAGAAGUCUGCCGUGAUAAUACAGGCAGCUUUCCGCGGUCAUUACGAGAGAAUGUUGUUAAACGAGUCCCAAGGUAUGGUUCAAUGGCAACGAGCGGCAACGAGGACGAUGGAGAUCCUGAGGAAAGCCGGAGCUUCCCAAGCGGAAGCAUCGAGAGCCGCCGUUCUAAUACAGGCUACUUAUCGAGGAUACUAUACGAGGAGAAAUUUAAAAAUGAAAAAGAAAAAAGAAGAGAAAGAAAACGACGUAGACAUGAUAGAACCCAGCGAAACCAUUCAAGCAGUAGCCUGGUUAGAUAUGAUGUACGAGGACUCAGGACUGACGCAGACAAAAGCUAAUGAAGCUGCUUCGAUUAUACAAAAAGCUUACAGACAAUAUCGUCAAAAAAAAGCAUCGCGGAUAGAAUUGACGAGACCGAUGGUGGUAGACCCUAUUGUCGAAAAUUUGACGCAGAUGAAAGCUAAUGAAGCUGCUUCCGUUAUACAAAAAGCUUACAGACGAUAUCGUCAAAAAAAGAACUCUAAUACACCGCAGAUAGAAUCGACGAAAUCGAUGGUGGUAGUAGACCCUAUUGUCGAAAAUUUAACGCAGAUGAAAGCUAAUGAAGCUGCUUCCGUUAUACAAAAAGCUUACAGACGGUAUCGUAAAAAAAGGGAGAACUCUAAUACACCACGGAUAGACUCCGCGGGAUCGAUGAUGGUAAAUGCUAUUGUCAAAAAUUUGCAUCAGAAAGUUUUCGAUGACGUUAUGACCAGCGCGGACAUUCCUACGGAAUUUGGUAAUCGAGAAAACUUAACAAAGGCUAGCGAAGAACUUCAGCGUACUCUUAAAGAUCGAUUGAUACGUGCUCGCAUGAUCGAGGAAGGAUACGACGAACAGGGAUUUGUUCGAUCAGAAGUCUACAAACCGUUUGGGGAACUAGAAAACUACGAUCUCGAAGAUGAGAAAGAAGGCCAAAAGAUCGAAGUGGAAACGAAACGCGAAGGAACCUACGUGCGGGAUUAACAAGAGCCAAACUUCUCGGGGGAACGGGGGAGAAAAGGGGAGGAAAAUGCCGCACAAGUCAGAAUCCUUUUCAGAAACGCCGGCGGAUAAGCCAAUUAACAUGGAACGAACAGCGCGAGGAAAGAAACGGGGGCAACAACGAGCACGAAGAGCAAAUUGCUGCCAUCAGGAGGCCGUCCAAUGCCGGAGACACCGCGGCAUUUAAUAAUGCCCGCAUUCGGCAUGCUUACGUUCGAUAAUUUCGUUAACGUGCCGCACUUUCGUAGUCGAGCUUUAGAAUUCCCACGGAACCAGGGAAAUAGCCCCCGAGCACAUGUACUACAAGUAAAACGAAUUAAAAACUGUCCCGGCCGCGUAACGUUCAUUUAAUUCGACUGAUACGAGUUAAAUCGUUUCAUGGGGGCUUAUCCAAAUUUGAUUUGCAUAAUUUUUAUUCUCGACGUUUAGCGUUUUAAUACCCAGCUAGGCAUUAUAGUUUCGCGUUACAGUUAUACGGCACGAGUAAGAGUAUUAUGAAAAAAAUUCAAUGAUUAAAAUGAGAAACGCAAUAUAUAUAAGUACAGCGAUUUUGCUGGAAUUUUUUUGCCGUGGUAUUUGCUCCAAUAAAAAU